AUGCCUCUAGAUGACCCGAAAGGAGUCUGUUGUUCUCUUACCUCAGGCCUUUCAAUUUCUGAGCCUGAUGAUCCUCGCGUGGAGAAAUCCGAACGAAUUACCAUUUUUCUCGUGAUAACUUUCGACUACAACGACGCUGUCACGGUUAUGGAGGGUUCGGACGACGAUCAUCCGCAGUGGACGAGCUAUUUUGAUGAAGAGCGGAAUGAGUGCUGGAUGAUAGUAGAUGAACCCGACGUUGAGGUCAACGUAACGGAUUCUAUGUUUUUCCGCAGCCUUCAACCAGGGGAAAGUCUUAUUAGACGUGUUUUCCUUGGCUUUACCGAUUUACACACUGAUACAGUGGUCGGCGACACAUAUCGUUACCAGUACUGGGUUGGCUGCAUUGACUGGACUUGGGGCGAUGACGAAGAACAUGCGAAGACAGUAGUGAAAUUACCAUGUUGGCUGAAUGAUCAUGUCGUCGAGCCCGCUGAUAAUGAUGGAAGGCCGGUGAUAAUGGUUCCCUCAUCCAAUUUCGUCGAGUUCACUGUCGUUGAUUGA